UGGAGCCCCGCCUUUAGUUGAGAAAGAAAGAAGGAACAAACGAACAAACGAAUGAACAAAUGACUGAACGAAUGAAUGAACGAAUGAACAAGCAAGCAAGCAUACAUACGACAGGCUUCUUUCAGUUUCCGUCUACCAAAUUCAAUCACAAGGCUUUGGUUGGCCUGAGGCUAUAGUAGAAGAUACUCGCCCAAGGUACCACACAGUGGGACUGAACCUGGAAACCAUGUGAUCUCAAGUGAUGUUGUUCCGAAAGCAUGAAUCCAGUGCACAAAAGCGCAAAAAACGAGAGAAACUGGCAAACAAUAGGAACCAUAUGGCUGGAAUUAUGGACCAAUUUAUGCUACUAUAUACAUCAGUGACAUUACUAUCAUCAAAUAGCAAUGCACCACUGCCCGGAGUAGACAGGCAAGCAAAUAACGAUGGAAACACCAAGCAACAACAAAUGCAUGGAUGCAAUGAAAAUUCACAGCAGGUUACUACAUUUUCAGCAGUGGAGGGAAAUGCAAAGGACCUAUAUGAUGCAUUCUGUCAACAACCUUUAUCUAUUGCUGAAAAUAUGGUUGUGCAACAAGAAGCAGUCACUAUCACUACUGACCCUGCAUCUUGGCCAGAAACUAUAUCUGAUGGCAUGCAUAUUGGCAUUAUGAAACUUGGAGCUGUUCAAAUAAAAAAAAUACAAGUUUCCUAAAUCAAAAGGAAACUACAGAUUCAAUCCCGACUUCUAUUCUAAGAUGCUACCAAAUGGCAAAACAAUAGUUUGAACGUGGCUUGUAUAUUCAAUUUAGCAGAAUAUAGUUUCUGUUGCAAGCUGUUUGGUCACAGUAAAAUGAGACUAACAUCUGAAAGAUUCAACAGUUGGCAAUAUUUGAGCAAAACCUUAAAAGAACAUGAGAAAUCAAUGGCCCAUAGACAGCACAUGAUGAAAUGGAAGGAGCUUGAAUUUUGCCUUAAAACAGCCUCAACUCUUGACAAACAGGCAAUUGCAGAAAAGGAGAAAGCUCAUUACCGCACAGUGUUAGAAUGUAUCUUGGCAAUUGUUCUGUUUUUAGCAGAGAGGAAUAUGGUCUUUCGUGGUGUUUCCAAUAGCUUCUACAUCCAUGGUAAUGGAAAUUUUUUAGGCGAAGUGCAGUUGCUUGCAAAGUUCAAUCCCAUUUUGGCAAAACACCAGCAGCAUAUUCAGAAUGCAGAAACAGUGGCUUGUUAUUUCGGACUUGAUAGUCAAAACGAAUUGAUAUAACUCAUUUCUGACCACAUUUUGAAAGAAAUCACCAAUCACUCAAAGGUUGCUAAAUACUACAGUAUCAUACUCGAUUGCACACCAGAUAUCAGCCAUCAGGAGCAAAUGACCAUGAUCAUCCAUUUCCUCAAACUUCAAAAAGACAAAACUAAAAUCAAAGAGUACUUUGUUGGGUUUUUGAAAGUUACUGACACAAGUGGAGCCGGACUUUUUGAAUCGCUCUUAGAGAAGCUCGCUUCAUUGGGGCUGGAUCUAAUGGAUUGUAGAGGCCAAAGUUAUGAUAAUGGCAGUAAUAUGAAGGAAAAACAUUCUGGAGUCCAGGCAAGAUUUCUACAGAAGAAUCUGCAAGCGUUCUAUUUACCUUGCAUGAAUCAGUCUUAACUUUAUUGUGUGUGAUGCGGCAAGCUCAUCAGUGACAGCUGUCUCUUUCUUUGGUUACUUCCAGCAUGGAUAUUCAUUUUUUGCAGCAUCAACUUCUAGAUAGAACACUUUGAAGGAAUUCUUCUCCAUCAAUGUGAAAUAUCCAUCUGACACUCGCUGAGAAAGCAAAAUUGAAAGCAUAAAAUUCCUUCAAUUCAAAACCAAGGGCAUUCAUAGCGCAUUUGAUAAGCAUUCAUAAUGCUUCAAAAGGUAAAGAUUCCAAAGCUUACUCAGAAGCAAAUGCAUUAACUGCAGAAAUUGCUUCCUUCCGCUUUCUUCUGUGUUUGGUAAUAUGGUACGAUCAGCUAAUUGACAUCAAUAAGGUCAGCAAGCUACUUCAGCAUGAAAACAUGCAAAUUGACGUUGCCCAUUGCUUCCACUAAUUCAAAAAUACAUCAAACCUGGCUCAGUUAUCUACAGUGAUUCUUGGGUGGCUUACAAAGAUAUACACACACUGAGUUAUUAGCAUUACAUGAUAAACCAGAAAGAAAAUUUUGUUGACACCACACAUGCACACAUACACACACAGAAAACAUCAAACAUUUUUGAUGAGAUUUAAAAGAAUGGGUGAAAAGGCCCGGUAUUCAUUCAAACUAUUUACACCAAGUACUCAUUUAUUUCUUCUGUAGAAAACAAAAAAAACUGCUGCCCCAAUUUUUUAUUAAGGCAGCAAAAUUAUAUACACUCCUCUCAGAUCGCCAAUAAAGGAUUGAUUCCAGCACAAAUCUGGAGACAGAAGAUAUACAGGACUGCCCUUUAACUGCAUAAGGUCCAUUUUCUCAAUUAUGUCUUCAUAUUAUGAGUUAAAAAACAGACGAUUUAUAAUCAGAUGUAUGCUCUUAUUUGGUUUGUCUACAUGCAUAGGAUCAUCUCUUUUAGGUCUGACUAUUUUCCUCAAUGAAAAUACUUCUAUUGAUGAACGGAAAUUAAGCUUGUUAACUGACUGCCAGCAGAAGUUGAAAGACAGAGAUGAUUAUAUUUUCACUCUUAAAACUGCACAUAAGCCAAUGAAACAAAAUAGACAGAAAGAAACAAUUACAAUUUUUGCUAUCACUCCCACUUACUCACGUUUAGUACAGAAAGCUGAGCUCACAAGACUUUCACAAACAUUUUUACAUAUCCCCAAUUUCCAUUGGAUUGUAGUAGAAGAUUCUUCUACAAAAACUACGUUGGUGGCCAAUUUUUUGAAAGAAAGCAACUUAAAUUAUACACAUUUAAAUGUAAAAACACCUGACAAUUAUAAACUGAAACCAACAGACCCUAACUGGUUAAAACCACGUGGGGUGCUUCAACGAAACCUUGCCCUUAAUUGGCUUCGGGAAAAUAUUGACAUUAACACGCAGAAAGGAGUUCUUUAUUUUGCAGAUGAUGAUAAUACAUAUUCCUUGAAAGUCUUUGAAGAGAUGCGUGAUACUAAAGUGGUGUCAGUUUGGCCUGUAGGCUUGGUUGGUGGUCUUCGAUAUGAGAAACCCAUAGUUGAAAAUGGUAAGGUUGUUGGUUGGUUUACACACUGGGAACCAAAACGACCAUUUGCUAUGGAUAUGGCUGGGUUUGCUAUAAAUUUGGAAAGGAUAUUUCAUUAUAAAAAAGCACUGUUUACAUACAAAGUACCUCGAGGUUAUCAAGAAUCUGUUUUGCUUAAACAUCUAGGAGUGACUAUUUCAGACCUUGAACCAAAAGCUGACCUAUGUACUAAGAUUUUGGUUUGGCAUACCCAAACAGUGAGACCAAAACUAAAGAAUGAAGUUGAAAUGAAAAAGAAAAUUGGUCAUGGUUCAGAUAUCAACAUUGAGCUAUAACAAAAUUUUUUAUUUUUUAAUAAAAUUUUUAAGAAAAUAAAA